CUAAAACGUUGCACUCGUGCUGCGUUUAUAACGGAUAGGGAGACCAAGGGGUUUUCAGUCGUUUACUGCUCCUUCAUAAAUUACGGCCAUGUGGAAGUGUCUUCUGACUGUGCUGGUGGGGCCCCUGGUAAUGACCUCUGCACGUCCAGAGGAGGAAGCAGCUUCUGCACCUCAAUGCGCCGACCACGAAGUAUACAAAACGUGCGUAAGCAGUUCUUGUGCGGAAGCCACCUGCGACCGUCCACAUAUCGGACCUGCCUGCACCGACGACUGCAGGCGUGGAUGCUUUUGUCAAAAUCGUUUCUACCGCAACGCUGAGCGACGCUGCGUCACGAAGUUGCAGUGCCCCGAAGAUUCCGCAGCGUACUCGUUUGUGGAGCCUGAAAAUGGACACGAAUGAGUGUUCAUUGAGGGUGCAACAAGUUUUCAGUGCUCUUGCAUUGACAGCAUCAGACCCGAGGGUUUCACUCAAACUGCAAUUUUUAAAACGAUUUCUGAUGUGUGCUUAGUUGUAGAAAUUGAAGACUCUUUGGGUGUAACCUAAGUCGUCAGUAGAAAUGCAAUAAUCAUUGACAAAUUCGCUCUGCUUAAACCCGCGAAAGAGGCCAUUUAUCGCGCAGAACCUUCGCGCGCUUUAUGUCUGCAAUUGCCGGUAUUAUCGAAUUGCGGUCAUUGUAAUGUUCACAGAUGUCGGUGGGGUACCAGCGGUUGCCUUGGUUCAACCGAAUAACCAGCGGUUGCCUCCCCCACAAAACACAUGACAAUAAAUCGGUUGUCCAGGGUAUACGAAAUAUUUGCCGCGCGCUAGGGGGAUUGCACUGAGAAUAAAGUUGACAUUUUGGCUUAUUCAUAAUUUUUUAGUGCAAGCUAAAUACAUUUUAGGGUUUGGGAGACAUUCAAAUAAUAUUUAUUUCUAAAUGUAAAAGUACCGAUUCAAUUUUAAUUCACUUUCUUUUAGUUCCAGAAUAAAUAAUGUGGCCAGAGGACUGAAUACGAAGCUCCUGCAGUGCAGCUUGGCUAAGAUACUGUCCCUUAUAUUCGGCUAUCGGAUAAAUAUGGUAAUCAAAUCUGUGUGACUCGACACGCACAUUUUCGUGUCAAGUGUGCAACUUAACAUGCACAUCUAACUGUUGCUCUUUGGCUCAACCGACGAAGAAUAUAAGCGACAAUAAACUUAGUGAUUGUUUUACGCACGUUAAAAAAAAAUUAAAGACGUUUACAAAUCUCUGUAAUGCGAAAUUAUAGCGCAGCUCUUGAGGUAUUUUCAUAUAGCGAUAUACCGUGCUAAACAAUUUGAGAAAUAAAUUUAUAUAUGUACAAUUAUA